UUUUGCUUCAUUCAUUGCUUUCUAAUCGAAUAUCUGAAAUGGAUAUCUUUAAUUAUAAAAUUUUCAGCUCAGAAAAAUUUCGUCUUGUCCAAAAUCUCUGGAAUAUUUUGGAAUCAAAUGAUUCAUUUCGAAUACUUUUGACAUUCUUUUGUCGAACACAUAUAAUACCAUUUAAAGAUGCCGAUAAAGUACUUCGUAAUCGAUCAGAUUCGAGACUUUUCCGUUAUAUGUUUGUGAUAAUUUCUAUUUCAACAAUAUUUAAUUUCAUUCGAUAUGGAAUCAGUUCAAUGAUCACACCAAAUAAUCAAAUGACGAUGAUAUUUUUGCCAUAUUUCAUAGAAUACAAACAUAGCUAUAGAAUUUUCCAUUUGGCUUUAGCACUUAUUAUGGCAAGCUUUGAAAUAAUAUAUAUUAUGUGGCUACUGAUAUUUAGUGAACCUAAUAGAACCAUGAUAGUAUUGAACCCAUUAAUUAAUAUGCAUCGUAAAAAUCUCAAAUCAACAUUUGAACAUGUAUUAAAACCAACGGGAAAUUCAAUCAAAAGAGAUGACAGAAUCUUGAGAAAAAUUUGUCUGAAAGUCAAUAUUCAUUUAAUUUUUGCUUCCUCGUCAUUGAUUAUCCUUCCAAUCUUGCUAUUGAUUUGUAUCAUAGCAGAUUUUUAUCUUGGUUUCUAUAAUUGGACAAUUUGUUGUUCGAUUGGUUUUAUCAUUAAGAAAAUAUUCCUUGAUAUAAUAUGUUUAAUGCAGGCAACUUAUUUGAUCUUAUUCAUAUGUACUUCAAUGCAAUACAUUCAUGUUACAAACGCCUGGUUCGAAUUAAACUAUCGCGAAAUUCUUUUUCGUUUCAAACAUUUCAAACAUCAAUUUCCUGAAGGUUUCAAUCAAUCAUUGUUUUUGCGAAAAUUGGGCAUUGUUAAUUCUCAAAUCAUGAAAUUGUCCAAAGAAGCAUCGCCAAUGAUUCUGACAUUUCAUUCAACAAUGCUGUUUAUGUUGAAUAUGUUAAUCAUAUUAAUGAUCAAUCCAAAUUCUAAAGCAUUAGUUCGAUUUGUCAUUUUUUAA